AUGGCCUUCCGUGUGCUGACGCGUACCACCGGCACCCAGCAGCAGCAACAGUUGAAGCUUCUGUCCGACCUGUUGAUCCGUUCGUUUAGCAGCGGCCCCAAGAAUGUUGGGUUCAUCGGUCUCGGUAACAUGGGCGGUCCGAUGGCAAGCAACCUGAUGGCAAAGGGUCAUAAGCUGCAUGUGUUCGACAUCUCGAAGGAGGCGAAGGAUUCGCUGCAAGCGAAAGGGGCCGUUCCGUACGACAAUGUGGCCGAACUAGCCAAGGCUUCUGAUUUCGUUGUGACCAUGUUGCCGAACAACGAUAUUGUGGCUGACACGUACGACACCAUCAUCGGUGGUGGUGGUAUCAGGAACCAGACCGUCUUUAUCGAUUCGAGCACGAUCGAUCCAAACGUGGCAAAGGCGGUCCAGAAAAAGGUGAAAGCUGCCGGAGCAACGUUCGUUGAUGCACCAGUGUCGGGCGGAGUGCCUGGAGCCAAGAACGCCACACUCACCUUCAUGGUUGGCGGUACGACCGAGGAGUACCAGGCGGUGAAGGAACUGCUAGAGGGUAUGGGCAAGAAAAUUACACACUGCGGCGGAUACGGCAUGGGCCAGGCGGCCAAAGUGUGCAACAAUAUGAUGUUGGGCAUUUCGAUGUGCGGGUUAGCCGAGUGCAUGAAUCUUGCCAUCCGGCUAGGACUCGACCCGAAAGUGUUCUCCGACAUCGUGAACGCUUCGACAGGACGGAGCUGGGCGUCGGAGGUGAAUAACCCGGUGCCCGGAAUUAUCCCAACCGCACCGGCAGCCAGCGGAUAUGCGGGUGGUUUUGCGACGGGACUCAUCACGAAGGAUCUUGGCAUUGCGUCGGCGGUUGCGACCAGCUCGAACUCACCGAUACCGCUCGGUGCGCUCACGCACCAGAUCUACCGGACGCUGAUGGCGAAGGGUUUAGCCAACAAGGACUUUUCGGUUGUGUACGAUUUCCUCAAGAACGCAGAGGGCAAAUGAGUGG